AAAAUAAAAAAAUAAAAAAAAAUCAAAAAAAAUUAAAAAAAUAAAAAUAAAAAUAAAAAUAAAAAUAAAAAUAAAAAUUAUGUAUACGGAUAGUUUAAUUAUUUUAUAAUAGGAUCGCAAUCAGUCAAACGUUUCUCCAGUUAUGUCUAUAUCUCAGCUACUUUCAUCAGAUAAUUCUGAUCAAAAAGCAACAUAUACACCAACUGAAUCAACAGCACAAGCUAUUCCUUCAAGUUCUCCAAACUUUACUGUCUUUGAUCCUAUUGAACGCCGAAAUAAUGGUAUUCAAAAUUUACUUAACAGUGAUGGCGAAGAAAAAUAUCAAAUGGCUGAUUCAGACACUGAUACUGAAGACAUUCCUUUGAUAAGAUCUCCUAAAGCUGGAAAUACUGCAAUUACAACAGAAAUAGUAGAUCCUGUACUAUCGAAUACAAAUAAUACUACUACUGCUCAUGAAAAUAGCGAUAAUACUGAUUCUACUAUAGAUGAGUUAAGUGAAGAUGACACAAGAUUAAAGCCUAAAAAACCACUUGCGAAGCGUACUCGAGAAGAAUUGAUUUUAUCUGAUGAAGAUGAUGAUGAUGACGACGAUGAAAUACUUUUGACUCACAAAGAAGAAAUGAUUCAAUUUAUGAUAGAAGUUCAUCGAAGAAGAAAACGUGUAAUUGAAGAAUAUGAAAAGAAAGAAGCUAGAAGGCACAUAAAAAUGAAAGAACGUAUAGAACAGAUCUAUGAAAAGAAAUAUGGAACCCGCAUGCCAACUAGUAAUAUGUUUAGGAAGAAACUGAAACUAAAUAGGCAAAACAAGAAGUUUAAAUCACUUCAAACACAGAAUCAAACUGAUGAGGAUGAAUCAACAGAUACUGAGGUUCAUUUUGAGACAAAAGAAGAGCGUAAAUCAAGAAAUGAACGUAAGAUAGAAGAUGAAAGACGUAAGAUUUGGUUAACUAUUGCAAGAAAAGAUAUCCCAAGAAUGACUCGUAUCUUGUCUCGUGUUCAAGCAACUCGUUCUGGAAAUUGUAAGAAAAUUGCUCAGUACUGUCAAAAAGAAGUUCGACGUGUUGCUACAAAUGGUGGUCGUGCUAAUCGUGAUUUACAAAAUAAAGCUAAGCGUGCUAGCAAAGAGAUGUUACUUUUCUGGAAGAAAAAUGAAAAAGAAGAAAGAGAAUUACGUAAGAAGGCAGAAAAGGAGGCACUUGAUCGACUGAAACAAGAAGAAGAGCGUAGAGAAGCUCAGAGACAAGCUCGUAAAUUGAACUUCUUAAUUACACAAACUGAACUUUAUAGUCACUUUAUCGGUAGGAAGAUCAAACAGGAUACAGAAGAAGAUGAAGAAACAGCACUACCGGCAUCUUCUGGAUUAUCAACACCUUUAACUCUUGUUGCCCCUUCAGAUGAAUUAGAUGAUAAUGCAGGCGUCACAAAUAUUGGGGAAGUAGAUUUUGAUGAAGAGGACGAAGCUGUACUAAAGGAGAAGGCUAGAUUGAGUGCUCAGAAUGCUUUGGCUAAACAGCGCGAAAAAACCAGAGAAUUUGACCAAGGAGCUCGCGAACGACGUAUUGCAGCCGGCGAUCAUGUUCCUGUAAACGAAAUGAAUAUUGAUGAUAUGAAUUUUCAAGAGCCAUCAAGCAUGGGAUCAGGGCCUGAAGUUACACAGCCUACCAUGUUGAUGUGCCAGCUUAAAAGCUAUCAACUUAAAGGUCUUAAUUGGUUAGCCAAUUUGUACGAGCAAGGUAUUAAUGGUAUCCUUGCCGAUGAAAUGGGUUUGGGAAAGACUGUCCAAUCUAUUUCUUUAUUAGCUUAUCUUGCGGAGGUUCAUAAUAUUUGGGGACCUUUCUUAGUAAUUGCACCUGCUUCUACUCUUCAUAAUUGGCAACAAGAAUUCUCAAAAUUUGUUCCUCAAUUUAGAGCACUUCCUUAUUGGGGUAAUCCAAAAGAUCGUAAAGUACUUCGUCAAUUCUGGAAUAGGAAGCAACUUUAUGGAAAGGAUGCACCUUUUCAUAUUGUUAUUACUAGCUAUCAGCUUGUACUUACUGAUGUUACCUAUUUCCAACGUGUUAAGUGGCAAUAUAUGAUUCUAGAUGAAGCACAAGCUAUUAAAAGUUCUUCUAGUGCACGUUGGAAACAAUUACUUGGAUUUCAUUGCCGAAAUCGUUUACUUUUAACUGGUACACCUAUUCAAAAUAGUAUGCAAGAGCUAUGGGCUUUGCUACAUUUUAUUAUGCCUACCCUAUUCGAUUCACAUGAAGAAUUUAGUGAAUGGUUCUCAAAAGAUAUUGAAAGCCAUGCUGAAAACAGAGGGUCUUUAAAUCAACAUCAAUUAAGACGUUUACACAUGAUUUUGAAACCGUUCAUGCUACGUCGUAUUAAGCGUAAUGUUCAACAUGAAUUAGGAGAAAAGAUUGAAAUAGAAAUAUUCUGUGAGUUAACUGCCAGACAAAAAGCAUUAUAUCGUGGCUUGAAAGAAAAGAUUUCUAUUUCAGAAUUAUUAGAAAAAGCAACAUCUUUAGGUGACAUUGAGAAUAUGGACAGUUUAAUGAAUUUGGUUAUGCAAUUCAGAAAAGUUUGUAAUCACCCAGAAUUAUUUGAACGUGCAGAUGUCAUGUCCCCAUUGUCAUUCUGUAGAUUUAGUGAAACAGGUUCUCUUACAAAAGAAACCACACUUUAUUGCUCUUAUUCUGCUUCUAGUCAUAUAAAGUAUCAUAUCCCCAAGAGACUUUACAGGAAUGGUGGCUUCUUAAAAGUAGUUAGUGCUGAUACUAAUGCCGGAUUUAGAACAAAAUAUCUUGAUAAUAUUAUGAGUAUUUGGAGUAGUAAAUACAUUUAUGAUUCUGAAUUUUCAAAUGAAACGGAUUCUGCCUUUUCAUUCCUAAGAUUUUGUGAUAUGACGCCACAUGAAGCAAGCUAUAUAUUUAGAGCUAGUUUAAUAGAAAAAUGGAUGGAUCAUUUAGUUAGACGUGAUCAACGUGCAAGAAGAAAAUUAUACAGUGAUUAUCCUCAAUCAACUAUCAAUACAUCUGCACUAUUCUUUAUUACAGAAACUAUGAAUCCUUUAUCAGCCUUUAUGAUAACUCAUAAUUCUCCUUUUGAUGAAUUAAUACAUAUUUCAGAUAAGUUUAUUCAAGAUACCCAUAUAUACGGCCAAUGUUAUUUACCAGCUGUAAACACUGUACCUGUUGAUUUUAUUUGUGAUGAUGUAUCAUUUAUUCAUGAAAAGCAAAACUAUAUGUUUGAUAUUAAUACCAGAUCAUGUUUCUUUGGCACUCCAAACUAUAUUACUAAAUCAAUGCAAGAAGAACAAUCUAAUUUAUCUACUGUUGUACGAAAGACAAGUGGUGGUAUUAUGACUGUGCCGGUAUCAGGCAACGGGUUCUCAUGGAUGAGAGUGCCAUCUAUGAAAGAUCUUAUUUUAGAUUCUGGAAAAUUAGCAACUUUAGAUAAAUUACUGGAGAAACUCAAGGCAGAAGGUCAUCGUUGUCUAAUUUAUUUCCAAAUGACUCGUAUGAUUGAUUUGUUUGAAGAAUAUAUUGGAUAUAAACAAUAUCGUUAUCUUCGACUUGAUGGUUCUUCUAAAAUCUCAGAUCGUCGUGAUAUGGUACAAGAUUGGCAAACACGACCUGAAAUUUUCAUCUUUUUGCUUAGUACGCGUGCUGGUGGUUUAGGUAUUAAUUUAACAGCUGCAGAUACUGUGAUCUUUUAUGACAGUGAUUGGAAUCCUACUGUUGAUCAGCAAGCUAUGGAUCGUGCUCAUCGUUUAGGACAAACUAAACAAGUUACUGUAUACCGAUUGAUCACAAAGGGUACAAUUGAAGAAAGAAUUCUUCAAAGGGCUAAACAAAAGGAUGAGAUUCAAAAAGUUGUUAUUUCUGGUGGCGAAUUUAGACAAGUUGAUUUUAAACCAAGAGAAAUUGUAUCUCUUCUUUUAGAUGAUGAAGAACUUGAUGAUAAAUUACAAUUACAAUUAAAACGAAAGGCAGAUGAAGAAGAAGAGCAGAAAAAAGUGUCAAGGCCUACAAAGCGGUCUAGGAAACAAGCAGUGGCAAAUGGAGGAUCCAAGGAGUCUACACCUGCUCUUAGUCCUUCCAACGUGGAUAGACUCUUUAGUGCUGGCGAAGAUGUAAUUAAUACAGGAACAGAUGAUGACACAAGUGGCUCUACUACACCCGCCAAAAAGACAAAAUCAAGUAGAAUUGGUAGACCAAGAACAAACUUUUCGUUCACAGGCUAACAAUAAUCGUUUUUAUUUUUUUUUUGUUGCAUUUUUUUUCCCUCUCUUUGUUUUACACAUAUUUUAAUAAAUUUACUAUAUUUCUCUGUAGGCACCAAGUCUUCUUAUAUAUUAUAGCAAGACUCUCCCUUUUUUUUUUUUUUU